AUGGCGACGUUCACGGCGCGUCGGGGCGAGCCGGCGCUGGUGCGGCCGGCGAGGCCGACGCCAACGGAGACGAAGGCGCUCUCCGACCUCGACGACCAGUGGACGCUGCGGUUCUACGAGUCCAUCGUCGGCUUCUUCCGCGCCGCGCCGGGCGAGGCGCCGCCCAGGCCGGGCAAGGUGGCCAGGGGCGUCAAGGCGGCGGUGGCGGCCGCCCUGGUGCACUACUACCCGAUGGCCGGCCGCCUGCGGAGGCUCCCCGGCGGGAACAGGCUGGCCGUCGACUGCACGGGAGAAGGCGUGGCUUUCGUGGAGGCCUCCGCCGACGUGCGGCUCGAGGACCUCGGCCAGCCGCUGGUUCCGCCGUACCCGUGCGUCCAGGAGUUCCUCGGAGACUGCGGUGACACCAGGGAUGUGCUUGCCAAGCCUUUGCUCUUCCUGCAGGUGACACAACUAAAAUGUGGAGGGUUUGUCAUUGGGCUUCACAUGUGUCACUGCAUUGCUGAUGGUUUUGGUAUUCUUCAAUUUAUCAAAACUAUAGCCGAUUUUGGAAGUGGCGAACUUAUCCCAACCACUUUGCCCGUGUGGAAAAGAGAUAUCUUCACAGCGCGCAUGCCACCGUCCGUCGCUCAUGUUUACCCGGCGUAUAAACCAUUUCUUCAUGGGUUAGAGUGCUCAGGAGACGACGUGAUGCUAUCAACUCCCCCAGAAUGCAUGGAAGUGCAAUAUCUAUUCUUUGGGCCAAAUGAGAUAGAAAUUCUGAGAAGCCACGUCCCAGAACAUCUCUCUAAAUCGACUACAACAUUUGAGUUGAUUACGGCUGUGAUGUGGAGGUGCCGCACAUUGGCACUGGGCUAUGAAUCUACUCAAAAAGUCCGUGUCAUGUUUACAUUAAAUACACGUGGGAGAAGCAUUAACGGUGAAAGCGCUGUCCCGCGUGGGUACUAUGGGAAUGCACAUUUCUCUCCUAUGGUCGAGGUCACCGUCGAGGAGUUGGCUGCAAAGCCGCUCGGGCAUAUACUUGAGCUCAUGCGCCAAGUCAAGUUGGACACCACGAAGGACCGCAUCAAGUCAAUGGUGGAUUUGAUGGCGUUGUGGCGAGAGCGGUCACCUUUUGGUAUGGAUAGAACAUAUGAGGUUAGUGACACAAAGUGGGUUGGAGGCAAUGCGCUGCAAUUUGGGAAAGCCGAGCUGGUUGCUGCUGGCACACCACAUGCUGGAGAUUUCACUUCAAAGCUGAUAAGCUAUCAUACCAAGUGUAAGAGUAAAGAUGGCCAAGACUCAACUGUGGUAUCAAUCCUGCUACCAAAACCAGCAAUGGAGAAGUUCACAAAGGAGAUGGCAUUUUGGCUCAAGAAGUAAAAUGGACAUAUCGUAACAAGUCCAUAUGUUGCAUGUGUAUGUUAUUUACUUCAUUUAGUAUUAAGGUCCAAACACCGACCAUAGUUGGUUAUAUG